GAAACUUCAGGGCUGUUGACACAUUAAGUGGGUUAAAUGUUGAAGUGUUUUGUGCAGAGUCACGGUCCUCACUCACUCACCGGGUGGAUUAUAUAACGUCACCGCCGCCUCCUCCGCGCCUCUGUCCGCUGCUCACUGUUCGGCUCACACCGCGGCUCGCUGCUCCGUAACUAUCCAAACUUCCGGGGACCACAGAUGGGUGAACAGGAGGAGACGAGCGCGGACGGAGUUAAGUACUACAGGCUGUCGGAGAUCGAGAAGCAGAAUUUCUACAAGUCAACGUGGAUCAUCAUCCACAACAAAGUCUACGAUGUCACCAAGUUUCUGGAAGAGCACCCUGGAGGAGAGGAGGUGUUACGGGAGCAGGCCGGAGGAAACGCCACGGAGAGUUUUGAGGACGUGGGACAUUCUAGCGACGCUAGAGAGAUGGCGAGCAGCAUGCUGAUCGGAGAAGUGCACCCGGACGACAGAGCAAAAUUAAACAAACCUGAGGAAACACUGCUGACCACUGUGAAGGAGGAGAGCAGCUGGUGGUCUAACCUGUUGAUUCCGUCUCUGGUCGCCGCCAUCGUCACGCUGCUGUACCGCAUCGUCACCAUGGAGACUGAGUGACAUCAUCACACCUGUGAAAUUGAUAGCCGUGGCUCCUCCUAUUCUGGACCAACCACUAAACCUCUGUGCUGCGGUUGUUACCCACAAUGCCCUGCGGCGGCGAGCUACCAAUCAUAAAGCGUUCUUAUGUUAAUGAAGUCAUUCUUUGUUCUAUUUCAAUGUAAACAAGCAUGUGAACUUGUGACCAGAGCAUCAUCACAUGACUGUCAUGUGACCUGAGUCUCACUCAGAAGUAAACACUGAACUCUGGAUUGAAAAUUAUUCCACAUAUUCAUUGUCUGAUUAUUUUUUUAUUUUGUUGUUUUUUUAACUUCCUGUGAAAAUCAUAACUUCCUGUUCUGACCUGUGACCUCACUUCAAUCACUGAUUUUAUCUGUGGACUUUGGUGUGGGAGAGUGAGUGCUUUUCCCACAGGAAACAGAAGUUUGUAAACCACUCACUCUCCCACACCAAAGUCCACAGAGAAAAUCAGUGAUUUUGUGGGGACAUAGGUGCUGCUGGUCCUCUGCUGCCUCGUGUGGUCACUUUGUGUCACUGAGGUAAAUCUGAAUGAAGGAUUUUAAGUGCAGAAGUGACAAAAUCAGACAUUUGUAUGUUUGCGAUCAAUAGUCGUCUCUCACAUGGAAACUAUCACUGUUGUCCUCUGUCCACCUGACCUGAGGGGGGCGCUACAGACCAGGACAUGAAGUGAUUAUCACAGUUUCUUCUGUUUGAGUCUGAACUGAUGAAAAGAAAAAUGAGAAAUUAAUUAAUCUGAAUAUUAUUUUUUAAAAAAUGUUAAAUGAGACUGAACAGAACCUGCAGCACCACCUGGUGGAUGUUUAAUGUCAACCCGUCAGUAACUGUUGACAGACGUCAACGCUCUCCCUGUUCUAAUCAAAAAAUAAAUUUUUUAAAAAACAAA